CACAUUCUUCUCCAUCACAAACCGGUCAUGUCUCCUCCCACACUAGACCAACUACACACUUACCAUGCCCAAGAAAGGGUGAUAUUCUCUAAACUGGUCAUACAAUUUGCAAGAUCACCAUCUGAAUCACUUCUUGUCAUGGCCACAUGGUUUUGGCUUGAAAGCUUUGGUUUUGAAAACAUUUUCUCAACCAUCUCUGAUCUUCCAGAUCAACUCAUCACACCUUUUGCUGACGAAGCUGUCUCCUGCUUCCGAUGCAUUGAGUCACCUGAUCCCCCAAUUGUCUUCAACCAAAUUCCUCUCACUUCAAGCCAUAUGCAACAACACAUCUCACUUCCCAUGAUUUACAAACAUCGAUACACCGCCAUUGCUGGAAUCAAAACCUUUCUAACCACCAUUUGUUCUAGAAUCUUUUCCGACAUCCUUACACAAGUCCUUCCAUAUUCUUCACCGCCAUGUUUCCUCCCCGGAUUCCACCACUCUCUGAUCAUACCUGGCUUCCCGCAUCCGACUUUCGGACACAUUAACGUCAUGCGACCUGAUGUACUCGAUGGGGAUAACACCUUCAACAACAACAACAACUCGUUCCUCUUCCCAAAGGGUGUUUGGGAGUGGAACGAUCACUGCAUGGAAAGCGAGAACGAUCGUACCAUGUUCAUAACGUUUUCUCGUGGCUUUCCUGUGUCACAGGCCGAAGUUAAGGAGCUCUUCACCAACAGAUUUGGAGAGAAGUGUGUGGUGGGCGUCUACAUGCGAGAAGACAGCGUUAAUCCACCUAACGCGAUUGCGUGUAACAAUGAUCAGCAGCAAUCACUGUUUGCAAAGUUGGUUUUGGACUCGGUCGUUACGGUGGAUCGUGUACUAGACGGUGAGAAGCUCCAAAAGUUUCGGAUCAAUGGUAAACACAUUUGGGCUCGUAAAUACAAUGAGAAGAAGGACGGACGUACAUGCUUUACCUAAAAGUCUAAAGAAAAUCUAAGUUUUCUUUUGUUUUCGAUCUUUAUCUUUAUAAUGCUAGAAUCUUAUAAUAUUAGAAAACAUAUGUAACGGCCCUAGCUCUUUUAGGCAUAUGUUUUCACAUAAUUUAAGGUUGUGUGUCACUUCAAAUAUCCAAUACAUUUCAAAUUUACUUUUAAACAAGAGUGAA